AGCCCAAAUUUGCUCCAACGUCUCUUGGUGUUCCACCUCCUUCAGGAUGUGGAGGUUGUUCCUGACCUUGUUUGCUCGGGGGUACUCCGACAACUUCUCUUGCGCAUCAACUGGAGGUUUGGGUCUCCUACAAAAGUCUCCAUCAGUUCAACGGCUCACAGUUGAAGUGGAGAGCAUCGAUCGGGAGUGGGUGGCCGUGGACGGUGGAGCGGACCGUGCCUGCCGUGGGAAGUCUGCUGGAGACAAUCUGGCCUCCUACUUCACGGUGAAUUCGGGCCUGGCGAGUCUCAGCGCCUGCCAAGCGCUCUGCGAGGGGACGGCCAAUUGCCAGGGUGUGGAGUUCCACACCUCGGGGCGCUGUGAGGUGUGGACGCGCCCUGGGGGCAUCGAGGCAAGCAUUAGUCUCUCUGGCUAUUCUUGCUACGCCUAUGCGCUGUCGGAUUUCAUUCCGGCGGACGAUGGCAGCAACCGAGCAUGUCGUGGAGACACCGCCAAUGACGAUCAAGCCAGCUACUAUCAGGUGACCUCGGUUUCUUCACUGGGCGAGUGCAAAGAGCUGUGCCGAAGCAAUGUAGCUUGCAGAGGCGUGGAGUUCUCCGGGUCGCGCUGUGAGGUGUGGACCCGGGCCAUCCGGGCCACGGCGGCACUCGCGGGCGCGCAGUGCUUGAAGCUCGAAUUCGCUCUCAUCGAUGGUCCGGACCGAGCGUGCCGUGGAUCUGGAGCGUCUGACAACAACCCUGCACAUUAUACAGUGGCUGAAGGAUCACUAUCGGAAGCUGAAUGCAAGCAAGCUUGUCGGCUGCACAGUGGUUGUCAGGGCAUCGAGCACAGCGGCAGUCGCUGUGAGAUUUGGACCCGUCCCGAAGGGAUCCAAGCGACGGUGACACUGACUGGCUUUAAGUGCUACGCCUACCAAGGAAGUGGGGUCUCAACGACGACCACGCCAGCCCCAGAGGGCUCAGCCGCUGAGAAGGCGCGCUUCCUCAUUCAAGCCACCUUUGGGCCAACGAUGGCUAGCUUGGCUGCAAUGGAGCAGAUGAACUUUCAGCAAUGGAUCGAUGAUCAAAUGGGCCUUCCUCUUCAAUCCCACCGCGAGUUUUGGCGCCAGCGUGCGAACCCACACUUGUCAGCGACGGACGAGCAGGGCGACCUGGUGGGGCUCACGCGCUCCCGAUGUGAGCCGGGCUCCAGAUGGGUGGGCUACACCUUCCAGAAGCGUGAUGAGGGGAAGGCAGUGAAGGUGUCAAACAACCAGAUCUUUGUUGAUGGCCUCCGACGGACUGAUAUUGAUCCCAAUUACGCUGGCAAUGGCUUAGAUGCGCCAAAAGUUUGCAGCAACGAUCCGCCCGAAUACUGGCAGACCAGGGGCAUGACCUGCGAGACCUUUGACCCAGACAGCAUGUCCUGGAACUGCUAUUCAGAUGGUUGGACUGACAGCUGCCGGCAGACUUGCUUCGACCUGGGCCAUAGUCCUGGAGAUGACUGCUCCACUGGCUGGGUUGGAAGGACCUUUGAUGGCUUCUUGUGCUCUGUGAAAUCGGAUGCUGUGGGAGCAUGGGUUUUACUCGCCACUUCAGAGGAUUGCACUGAAGGGCGACGUCCACUUACAAAUCCUCACAUUUGGAGAGCCAACCCAAGUGCCGAAAUGACUCAGAGCUUGAGCUUCUCAGUCUUCAAAAAGAGCGUGCUUCAUCUCACUGCCGCGCCUGCGCAGUGCAACUUGGGGACGGUGGCCCGCUCCACUGCCGAAGGUGUCCCACGGUUUUAUCUAUUGGAUCCUCGACUCCAACUGGUGAAGAAUACACUGCAAGAGCCUGCAUCCUCCAGCUCCUGGGGAGGAGGGAUUUGUCCGGCCGUCAGCAAGACCUUUCUGAAUGAAGGCAGCUGCAAGCUUCUUCCGGGAUGCCUUCCAGUGGGAAUGGCCUCGGUGCAAGUCCCCCUGACUGCAGCGACGUUUGCCACCUUUUUCAGUGUGGGUGGCCGGUAUGUCUAUGCGAUCAAGGGCCUCCGGACCUCCACGAAUCCUUGCAACCGACGGUCCAGGUGGAGAAAGCUUGAUUGCGCCAGUCAGAGCUGUUCUGCCACCUCGCUCUUGGCCAAUGACUUGGCGGCGAUUCAAGCGGAGCUCACUGCUGCCAGCGCCCAGGGAUGGCUUCGAGAUGUGGAUGUCGAAUGCGGGGAGGUUGCGGCUGGUGUGGUGGUCGAAGUGGGUUCCGAGCAUUUUCAGCACGUGCACCUGGAUGAAUUCAACGUCUACGAUUUCACGGACUGGACGCACCAACACCCUGGGGGAACCGACCCGAUCACGCGAUGGACUGGGCAGGGUUAUGAACUGGAGUUCCCCUCGUGGCAUGGUAUGGAGCGCUGGAACGAAGGAAUUGCUCCCGGGGUCCUGCGCCCCAAUCUGGUUGGCAAAUACAAGGAGUCGAUUGAGUUUCAAUCACUUCCGCAACCCUUACAGACACAGGACUUGAGGGAAGCGCUUGCCACAGGUCAAGCUGAUGGCAAGGAGUACUCCAUCGUUUGUGGGUCCCCAGGAGAAGUGGCCAAUAAUGCCUUUCUGGGGCAUCAACUUCCGGCUAGACAUCGGGGAGAAUAUGAUUGGCAUUUUGAUAUGGACUACUUCUCUCGUUGGGGCAGUGCCGAACUGGCAAAGACCGCCGUUUGGACCAUGCAGGCCUUGUAUGCGGAGGAUCAACUGCGACAGAGGACUGCUUGGGCCUUGUCCCAAAUCUUCGUCUUGGCCGUAGUGGGCGGCAGCUUUGAAGGGCGCACAGAGAUGUGGUUGAAUUACUACGACAUCUUUAUUCGCAAUGCUUUUGGAACUUACAGGGACAUUUUGAGGGAGGUGACGUACAACCCCAUCAUGGGAGACUAUUUGACGUUCAAGAGAAAUAGAGCCUUCGACGAGAGCAACAACUAUCCGGAUGAGAACUUCGCUCGCGAGAUCAUGCAGUUGUUCUCGAUUGGGCUUUGGAAACUCAACCCAGAUGGCACAAGGAAGAAGGAUGCUUCAGGGUUGGACAUCCCAACAUAUACCAAUGAGCACAUCAUGAACUUUGCUCGAGUCUUUACAGGCUUCGAUGAACAAGCUGAUCGCGACAACGUCGAGUAUGUUCAGAACCACAACUUCAUUGAUCCGAUGCGGGUGAACGCUCGAUGGCACGAUGUGUAUCCGAAGCCCGACUUGGAUGGCAACUUCCUGGGGGAUGGGUACCCGCUUUGCUCUGACCUUCCUCCAGGAUACUUCCUUCUUCAAGGUGCCAAAUUCGAGUUUUUGGGUCAUAACUACGGAGGCUCUGAUGUUUUGAGCUUGGACUCCUCCUCGCAGCUCUUCGCGAAGCUUUGUGGCUCCGGCACGUCACCUUGCAGACAUAGCCUCAUUGUAGAGCUUGAUCAGACGUUGACUUGCAGCAACCAAGAGUGUGCCGUGGACACCAUCUCAGUGGUUAAUGUCUCUGGAGGAUAUUACAAGUACCUUCCUCCCAGCUGUGUGAACCUUUUCUUCUUCAAUGGUCAGGUGACCCGCCGGGGUGGCCGGGCGUGGGGCUGGACGGACCGCUGCGAAAAUCCUCAGCUCGCAGUGGCAGGCACAGCUUGUUGCGGGGGCUGCAAGAAUAGGAAGGAUUGGUAUUGGCUGGAUCGGAGGGGUUGCUCCUGUGACAACGCCACGACCGUGUGUCCGGAGCUCUUUACUGAGAGGUGCAAUCAUCAUGAGACGUGGAGAGAGCAUCAAUGGUGCCGACUGGCAUGCUGGGAGAAUGGUGUUGGCUAUGAAGGUGACAAUUGCACCAAGGGCUUGUGGCGCGGGGAACGCGCCUGUGGACACGAUGGGGAGCUUGUGCGCAUGGCCAGCGCUCAAAAAACCUGCGCAAGCCGUGGAUUGGAGAUUUGUGGGGAACGAUUGGAGGGCUACGGCUGUGGUUAUGAUGAGGUGCACGUUUGGACCCCGGAGAAGUGCAGCUACGAAGUUCUGGUGCAUGCUGAUGGGAAGGUGAGCUCCAACCUCACCAGCAGGACCCGGCAAAACAAGUUCUAUGUGCCCUGGAAGAAUGGAGACCAUCCCCAGUCGCCCUGCCCGGCUGGGUGUCGCAGCUUCACCGACGGCUGCAGCUGCGGCUUCACCGUGGAGACCCGCCGCGCCUUCGACGCGGCGCCCGACGCGGCGGCGGCGCGGUCGCGCCUGAGGAUCGGCGCGGCGAAGCCGCAAGCUCCGUGCACGCAGAACUGCCAGGGGGCGGUGAAGGUCUAUGGGGCGAUGGAUGAGGAGGCGAUCUUCGAAGUUGGAGGGCGAUUUUACAAGAACAAAGAGGUCGUGGUGGUGGUUGGGAGCUUUGAGUUCCGAAACCCACCAAGCUUUGUGAGCUUGGAGAACCCACAGGAAAGAGAUAUUCAUGUGGAGGUGGAAAGCCUGCUGGACCACUUGGUCUUUCAUGAGAACACAGCACCUUUCAUCUCAUACCGCCUCAUCCAGCGUUUGACCUCCUCCAAUCCGACUCCCGCCUACGUCGGUGCCGUGGCCGAAGCGUUCAGAACUGGCACUUAUGCCGGGCGGACUUACCAGGGUGCAGCUCGGCAGAAUGUCAAGCUUUAUGGAAGCAUUGCAACCCAAUAUGCAAUUGAAAGCUGCCUAAGAUCAUCAAGCAAACAUUUGGUCUAUGGUGACCUGGCAGCUACUGUGGCAGCGAUCCUUCUACAUCCUGAAGCCCGGAGCCAGACAGCCGAGACCCAUGGUGCACUACGAGAACCUUUGGUGAAGGUCGUUCACUUCAUGAGGUCGAUGGAGUACAAGGACAGUGCUGGGCGAAAUGUGAUGUUGUCCAACUUGAUGCCCGUGAUUGGGCAGUUUCCAUAUCUCUCACCAUCCGUCUUCAACUUCUACUUGCCAGACUUCAAACCAAGCGACUUCCCUGAGGGCAAGGUGGGCCCCGAAUUUGAGAUCUUCACACCACCUUUGGCCAUUGGCUUCAUGAAUGGCUUGACCUCCUUGAUUGAGCAUGGCUUGGGCCCUGCCCACUGUGAGACGGGCGGCAUGGGCUUCGCGGCGCCCUCGAACUGUUCGGUGGGCGAGUUGCACCUGGGUGAGUUGGAAUGCUUGCAGCCGACGAUUGAUCAGAUGGACUUGUUGCUCACAGGUGGGCGAUUGCAUGAUUCUGGAAAGAUCAAGGCUGCUUGGCAGAAUUCAGAUGGUGGCCAUGAAUACAAGACCGCCCAGAUGGCCAUGGUCCUGACGCCGGAGUUUCACACGCUUGGAAGCCCCUUAGCUCUUGGCCAGAGAGCCCCACCACCUCCCGUCGUGCUGGAAGAGCCUAGAUCCUACAAGGCUUUGGUGAUGAUUUUCAUGAAUGGAGGUGCUGACACCUUCAACAUGCUGGUGCCCAUGAACUGCCCCCUCUACGAUGAGUACUCUGAGGUGCGAGGCUCGGUGGCCUUGGACCCCACGGAUCUGAAUAUGAUCAGCACCACUGGGCAGAGCUGCGGGAACUUCGGCAUCCAUGCGCGCUUGCCCAUCUUAAAGGAGCUCUAUGAUUUGGAACAGGUGGCCUUUCUCAGCGACAUUGGCUCGCUGGCGGAACCCAUCUCCAAAGAUCAAUGGGAGAGCGGCACCGGUGAGCGUUGCACUGGGCUCUUCUCCCACUCGGAUCAGCAGCAAGCUGCUCAGACGCUGACGUGCCAAAAUUCAGGUUCAGCUCAGAAAGGAGCAGGUGGGCGAGUGGCAGACGCUUUGGCCUCGGGCAGCCAGAAGUUCCGAACCAUGUCCUUCUCGGUGGCGGGGAUGUCCACGUGGUCCCAGGGGAAGCAAACCUCAGCGGAGAUCAUCGAUCAACACUCAGGAACGGUCAGUUUCAAGCACUAUGAUCGCUUGAAGACCGUCAUCGACAACAUCACCAGUGUGCGUCAUGGCAACAUCUAUGCUGAGGAAUACUCCACGCAGUUCGCCAAGGCCAUCAAAUUCAAUCAGGAGCUUGGGAACCAGCUAGAGACUGCGAAACUGAAGACGUCGUUUCCAACCAAUGAGAUUGACUUGUCAAGGCAGCUGAAGCAGGUGGCACGUUUGAUCUCAGCUCGACACGGAAGGAAGUCCGAGCGUGACGUCUUUUAUGUAGAGAUUGGUGGCUGGGACACGCACUCGAGUGUGAGUCAGGAGCUCAAUAACCGCUUCCAAGAGCUGAACUCAGCGCUGACUUCCUUUGUCAAUGAGAUGAAGGCACAGAACAUCUUUGACUCUACAACCGUGGUGACACAUUCAGACUUUGCACGGACCUUGACGCCCAACAGUGGAGAAGGCACGGAUCAUGGCUGGAGUGGAAAUUACAUGGUCCUUGGAGGUGCCGUCAAGGGUGGCCGUGUCUACAAUGACUUCCCAUCAUCCUUCAAAGAAGGAGGCACACAGGACGCAGGGAGAGGCCGUUUGAUCCCAAAGUACCCUUGGGAGAACAUGAUGUUGCCUGUGGCUCAAUGGAUGGGCUUGGAAAGCGGGCAGAUUAAUACAGUCUUCCCCAACGUUGGAGCUUUCAAUUCAUCCUUGCUCUUGAGCAGCUCUACGCUGUUCAAAUGAGGCCUGCUUGAGGCAAGCAGCUGGCUUUUUACUCUGCAUAGCACAUACAGGUCUGGGGCCGGCCGCUUGCCAAGUUUUUUCUUUAUACCGUCCGGUACGUGCUGGGCGUCGGCACAAGACACCGUCGCCCGGUUUCGACCACGGCAAGAAUUCGUCUACAGGACGUCGUUUUCAGACGUCGCCGGCGGGGGAUAGUAGGUCCCCCAAGCGAAGCGAAGACUCACAACGUGGUGAGUCGCCAGAUUUUGCAAAAGCUUGGAUAGUGGCAAGACAGCGAUGGAGAGACUGCGCUUUGAGGUCUUUCAGAAACUCAUGCUGCGACGAACAAAAGCCUUGCUUGAGUCCAGAUUUUCUGUAGGGUCUGCUUGUUUCGUGUGCGUCAAGCCAGGCUUACCACCCAUGACAUCGGACAUGCUUACCGUGUUACGCACUUGUACAA